AACAGCGUUGGAAGUUUCCUCCAGACAACAUUUGAUCCUUUAGCUGUUCCUAGUAUGCGUACGACAAAUUAGGUCGGUACGGACUCCUCCACGAAGGAAGGAUACUUCCUCUGUCCUUUUCCUGGCUGCAGGAGAUCUAAUCACGUCAAUUGACCACCAGCUGUUUCUUUUCAGAAAACUAGAUCGCCUGAGCUAAGCUGUAUAAGUUGCUAAUUCUAGGAAGGAUUGAUGAGUACUUAAUUAGUACAAUCUUCAGACCACAGUAGGGUCUAAUUGGUUAAUUAAUUCCAUCUGCUUGCGAAAUGACACGCCUGAAUUUUUUUGCUCUUAGAGACUUGCACGAUUCGGCUAAUGACUCGCUUCACUCGCGAAUCACCAAAAGGGCAAUUGCUGAUAAACAAGAGAGAGGGUUCACGAGGUUUCAGAAGCGUCCCUGAGAAUGUUGGAAACUUGCGGCAACACCAGGGAUGUUCUCUCGUUCGCCAAAGACCAUCUGCAUGACCUUCAAUCGGCUUUCCGAAGACGAGUAAGCAUCGCCGACAGCAGUGCAGCUGGAGCAGCAAACAAAUUCUCCGGCUACAGUCUCGAAAGAAAGAAAUUGAAGAAAGCCAUGCUAAGGCGGCUGCACUCGUUGAAGGAGAUGAAGAACAAAUGCAUCCACUCAUCGUCAUCAUCAUCAUCAGAUGUCUCGUCAUCCUUGAACCAUAACCUUGUUGCUGUGGUCAAUGUGCUGAGACAAGUGAGAAUGGCCACCAUGGCCAUCGUGGAGUCCCUAAUGUCACUCAUGUCCAUGCCUAAUGCGAAGCGGCACAGUAAAUCGAAUAGAGGGUUUUUCGAGGCCAGGCUAAGUCGUGUGGACAGCCUAAGUUCGUGGUGGGAAAAUUGUGACACGAGCAUGCUGCAAGAAGCUAGUAAAAGAAUGCAGGCGGUGGAGAUGGCCAUUGAUGAUCUUGAAGAAGAGUUGGACUGCAUUUUCAAGCGUUUGAUUCAGACUAGAGUAUCGCUUCUUAACAUACUCACCGCCCACUAGCAUACAGCUUGCCCAGUUGCAAGUUGCGACUCGCGGCUGGCCACUUCCGGCAACCUACUCUUCAGCCGGAAGAAGCUUUCAACAUUGAUUACUUUAUUCUUUAUAAUUAAAUAUUAUACCCAUAUAUUGCAGCACUUCUUUGAUGAUAACUUCGGCGUCAUGAAUUUGUCUUGCUUUCAUUCGCAUUAAUCUCCAUGCCGGACAAGAGGUACGUUUGGAAGUCUAUUACAAUUGGCCUCCGUAUAUAGCAAGGUCAAUAUCUUCCGUGUAAGCUGGAGCAUUUUGCUGCUAAAUUUAUCAAAUUGGCUUAUGAACAUUUCGUUUGCAGACGAUUGGGUUUCUCCACAACUAAAAACCUCUGGUUGAUGAUUUCCUAUUAGCCGCAAACUUAAAGAUUUUAGACAUCGAAUUUUGUCUAGCUUGAAUUGUCCAAUGAUUGAAGAAUAAGGAGCAAGCUCUUAAGACCAA